UGCUUCCUGCCAUUCCUGCCGGCGCUUCGUGUUCCGCAGGAGCUGCACUACACUUCCUGUCAACACUGUCUUCCUGAUCUAUCAUUGACUGAUCGCUGCCAUUUGCAACUGGUAGCUGUAACGACGUGUUAAUUAGUGUUUUUGGGGCGAUUUUCGCAAAGUUGCGGUUUAUGGCAGUUGCGUGUUAUAUGACAGUUGAUUAUUUAACUUUAGUGUUAAGCCGAUUCUGGUUACAAGAAAAAAGUGCCCCCUUCGUCGCAAAAUGUACGAAAGCUCGUGUUCGUACCAAGGAGCUUUGGAAUUGAAACGAAGCUCAGGAAGCACGUGUCCGCUGGGAAUCAAGACUGAGGAAUUUGGAACGGCCGAUUGGCCUGCUUAUAGAUUCUGCAAUCCAAGCACUUUUGAGCAACUCAAGCAGAGUGUUGAAAAGGCGAAAGCUGCCUUACAGGACAGAAGUGGUUUUCUAGGGACGGGAAGCGCCUUCAGUGAUUUGUACAGUGGAGUUUCGACGGGAAGAUCACAAGAAAAUUUGCAGGAUAAUGCCAGAAUAAGAGAAGGGAGUGAUAACGACACCAAGAGGAUAACUCAAGGUCUCGAACGCACGGAAAAAUCCUCACACGGUCACUUAUCCUCGCCCAAGACCUACAACAGCAUUUCGGAGACUCUCCGAACGAAAUGUGAUACGUCAUACAAGGGAUCAUGGAGCUCACAUGCGACGUCACAGUCACAAGGCUAUGGAUCGAAUUCGUUGACGGGAAUGACGAAGGCGAGUCUGGAUCCGCAUGGACAUCUUAGGCAGCCAGAUCCAUAUCAAAUGUUUGGCCCUACAAGCAGUCGUUUAGCGAGUUCAGGUUCGGGUCAAAUUCAGUUGUGGCAAUUCCUCCUCGAAUUACUAAGCGAUUCUUCAAAUGCCGCCUGUAUAACAUGGGAAGGAACGAACGGUGAAUUCAAACUAACAGAUCCCGACGAAGUGGCACGUAGAUGGGGCGAAAGGAAAUCAAAACCUAACAUGAAUUACGAUAAAUUAUCUAGGGCGUUAAGAUACUACUACGACAAGAACAUCAUGACGAAAGUGCACGGUAAGAGGUACGCCUACAAAUUCGAUUUUCAAGGAUUAGCGGCUGCCACACAACCGGCCACGAGUGACCCCAGCAGCUACAAAUACCAAAGCGAGCUUUUCAUGAGUUCCUAUCAUCACAGCGCAAAGCUGGGAAGCUUUAUGAGUCCGCAUGCCGUCGUGCCAAGUUCAGCAGGUUCCAUCUUUCCAUCCCCUGGCUCGUACUGGAGCAACCCCAGCGCCAACCUCUACUCGAAUAUCGCUGCCAGUACCCACUCAAUCAGCCACCACGCGGGCCCCCAUUUGGGCGCACCCCCUCUGGGCUCGUACCCCCACUACGCAUGACCUGCUUCGACCUCAUCGCCUGGGCCCGACUGGACCAGAAAAAUCCCCAUGUGAGCGUCCCCGGAGAUGAGCCUCAAAACAGUAUUUAAACAACACGAAACACACUUGCAAAUGCCAAUAGAGAAAAAUGUAGAAGACUGGUCAAAUUUUUCGUUUUUUUUGUGCAAUUUUUUUCCGAUUCUAGUCGCAUCCAAACAAAUAGGUAAAGUGUUAGGUUAAAGCCAGUGCAAUGUUUUAAAUGUAUAUAUUUAGAAAAUUUGAAAUGUGUAAAAAGACACAAACCGCAAUCGCGGCGACUGUGAUAAGAUUUUACGUGUUUUAAAUCAUUCCAAAAUCUCUUCUAUGAAAAUUUUAAGAUUGCGAUUUUCAUAGAUGAUGAUGACUUUCCUAUGUUCCUCUCUCAUUCCAUCUGGGAAAAGUUAUUUAUUUUUUAAAUUAUUAUUUUCACGAUCUUCUGUAUCGUGUACCAACAUUAUUUUUCAUAACUGUACAUAGUUCUGUAUAUUCAACUAGUCGAUAAGUAACUGUUGUCUAAGGCUUGAUAGAAGAAGAAAAACUCUUAGAAAUUAGAAAAGACGAGAAAUAUCAUAGAUGUACUAGUCAUAUACCUACCUAAAUGUCAACCAUUUUGUUAAGGAGCCACUAAAUGGCUGCCACAAUCUUAAAAAGUGUAUAAAUGUUAUGUAUUUAUUAUA